AUGAGUAUAGCAGCCCCUUCAGUCCUACCCAGGACAGCCGCCCGACAAUUGCUUGCUGCCACCCGGCCUGUCAGGACGCCACUUCAGCAAGAGCGAUCACAAUGCGUCCAUCAGCGCAGCUUUUCAACAUGCGAGCGACGACGACCUCAACCAACACCAUCACAUCGCACGAACCAUGAUCGAUUACAACGUCGAGCGUUCCACGCCUCACCCACAUCAUUAGCGACGAAAGAUCCGUAUGCCGCACUAGGCAUAUCGAAAGGCGCAUCAUCGGGGGAGAUCAAGAAAGCCUACUAUGGCAUGGCGAAGAAGUAUCAUCCGGAUACCAACAAGGAUCCCACAGCGAAGGAGAAGUUUGGCGAGGCACAGACAGCAUACGAGAUUCUGAGCGACCCAGAGAAGAAGAAGAUGUAUGAUCAAUACGGCUCUGCAGCAUUCGAUCAAAAUGGCAAUGCAGGCUUCAACCCUGGCGGCGCAGGUCCAGGAGCAGGAAAUCCAUUUGGAGGUGGCUCGCCAUUCGGUGGCUUCGGUGGCUUCGGUGGCUUCGGUGGUGGUGGUGGUGGUGCGCAAGGAGGAUUCGGCGCAGAGUUCAACUUUGAAGAUCUGUUCUCAGCCUUUGGUGGAGGUGGCGCGAGGAGAGGAAGAGGGGGCGGGCCAUUCAGAGAAGAGGUUAUGGUUGGCGACAAUAUUGAGGUACAGACGAACAUCUCAUUCAUGGACGCUGCGAAGGGUGUGCAGAAGGACAUCGUCAUUACACCAUUGGUACAGUGCAAAACAUGUACAGGAAGUGGUCUGAAGAAGGGGAGCUCAAGGAGCGCAUGUAAGAGCUGUGAUGGUACAGGAACAAGAGUACACUUCAUGCAGGGUGGCUUCCAGAUGGCGAGCACUUGCGGGACAUGUGGCGGUACUGGCCAGCAGGUGCCCCGAGGGAGCGAAUGUGGGACAUGCAAGGGUAAUGGAGCUGUAAGAGAGCGACGAACAGUCACAGUGGACAUUCCAGGCGGCGUAGAAGACGGCAUGCGAUUACGGGUGACGGGCGAAGGCGACCACCCACCGACCGGCCAAGCAACAAACCCCAGCGCAAGCACCCAGAAGGGCGAUCUAUACGUUUUCAUUCGCGUGGCACCCGACUCCAAAUUCUCCCGCAACGGCUCCGACAUUCUGUACACGGCGAGCAUACCUCUUACGACUGCCAUCCUCGGAGGCGAGAUCACAGUGCCAACCCUCGAUGGCGAAGUCAAGGUCAAGGUCGCAACGGGUACAGGCACCGGCGACAAGAUCACAAUGUCCGGCAUGGGCAUGAAGAAGCUGUCUUCACGACGCGGAAACAACGGAGAUCUCCGAGUGGAGUACAAAGUCCAGAUGCCCAAGUAUCUGUCCGUGAAUCAGCGGACAAUUGUGGAGAUGCUGGCGGACGAGAUGGGUGACAAGAAUGCGAAGAGGAUCAUGAACUUGAACAACCUGAAACAUGCGCCGAAGGCGAGCACAGACAAGACUACGCCGAAGCCUGGUCAGUCGGCGGAAGAUCACAAGAACGAGGGCUUCCUGAAGCACAUGUGGCACAAUAUCACCGGACAGCACGAUGAGUUGGACCAGGACGGGAACGCGAAGAAGAAUGAGCAGGACGAGGAGCCUCCCAAGAAGGCUUCCGGGUCAGGGUCAGGAUAG